CUUUAACAACUGCUCUUGCCGUCCUGAUCAACGAAAAAGACUUCAAGAAGUUUCUAGUAGUUUUAUUCGUGUUUUGCAAUUUCUAACACCGUGGCCCUGUAGUUAAAGAUGUCUGGCAUUGAUACUGAAUCUCAAGACUCUGUAGAGCCGGAAUCGAGUGAGUAUGACGAAGAUGAAGAUGACGAUGAUUAUUAUUAUUAUAAUAAUGGUGAUGAAGACGAAGGAAUGGCAUCAGACAAGGAGGACGAUCCUGAAGCCUUUGAAUUCCAGAUCAUUGAUCCUAAUGAAGCACAAGAAGUUUUUGACGCUUUAGUAGCCAAGAUCUCUCAGGAAAUUAAGGUAAAAUCGCUAAGAAAACUAGCUGAUGCGUACGAAAAUUGUUCAGCAAUUCCAUCAUUGACUAAAAUUGCGAUUUCCAAUACUGGAAGAAUUUCAAUUUCUGUGCUCUUAACGAAUCUACUUAUUUCUUGAAUUUAUAACCAGGUAUCGGAAUCUGUGUCUCGAAUCCUUCUUAUGCAACACGAUUGGAACACAGAGAAGAUAUUGGAAAGGUAACAUACAGUCCUAUUUACGCAAUCAAAACGUAAUGGGAUAUUUCUGUGGUAGUACUAAUUAGGGCUAAUGGUGGCAAUCUCAUGUUUAAUAAUUAACUCGAAAACGUAUUAAACAACCAAAUGUUUUGGCUGAACAACACUAUUCUAAAAAGGCAAAUAUUCCUCAAUAAAACAUUUUGAUCUCCUGUGACAUCUGUAUCUAUUUAAAAUUUGCCAUACAAGGUACUAAUCUUAACCCUUCCACUCUAACAUCAGUAUGCAUAUUCUCCAUACUGUUCUCUAUACAUUUUCUAAGAUGCUGACAAGGAGAAUUUGUUUAACAAUCAAAAGCUUCUUUGGCUGGUGGUCAUUUUCUUUAUUCUCAAGACCUUAAUGUGUGAUUCAGGGUUGAUAUUGUAAGGAGAAAUUAGAUGCUCAUCACCCCUAGGGGUUGAAGGGUUAAACAAUUAUUCCAUGAGCAUGCAUAGGAUAUGAUGCGAUAUAUAGCUAACUCGGCUUGAAUCAUCUCAUAUCCAACAAGCAUAGGUGCAAUAAUUAUUUAUAACAUAGCGCACGUGCUUGCCCUAUGUACGCCCUAUUGAGCUGCUAUGAACAAAAUCUUUAUUUAUGUGCCCGUGCAUAAAUAAGAUGAGGUGAGCAUUUUUUGUUCAUUGUUGCUCUGUUAUAAAAAAAUUUGCUCAUGCUUUUAGCUGUGCAUAUAUCAAGUUAUGGAUGCACUUGGGAAUUUUGGAGAGCACUCUUUGUUCAUGCUUAGCGUGCGUAUAUCGAGUUAUGGAUGCACUUGGGAAGUUUGGAGAGCACUCAAAAAGCUAGAGUUGCUCUCGGCUGCACCUCGAGCUACUCUUACGUAAUUUUUGUGCUCUCCAAACUUCCUGCGUGCAUCCAUAACUCGAUAUACGCACGCUAAGCAUGAACAAAUUCUUAAUUUAUUAAAAACACCUAAAAAUAUAGAUAAAUCUUCCCAACUCUAUUUGUAAGAACAAAUGGAAUGUUACAAUGUAAAAAAACACCUUUGCAUAAACUUGUCUUCAUACACAUGCAUUGUAUAAUAGCUCAUGACCCAUGAUGGCUUAGCCAAUGAAAACUCUUGGACUGCAUUAUCCAAUGAUCCAAUUCUUAAUAUUGAAUUUAUUGAAUAAAUAUGAUACUAUGAGUGCCCUCAUAUUUCAAAAAACAUUUGUCAUUGUACAUACAGGCACAGAGUCAAUCCUGUAGGACUUCUUGUGGAAGGAAGGAUCAUUCCAGAAAAAGCUGUUGCCACUCAAACGGUGAGUAAUUAUAUAUGAGGAUGUUGUCAUGGUUACUUUGUUGUGCCAAUAUAUUUUGUCAGAUCUUCCUUAAAAGAUUUUAAGUUGUACUCUAUGAUUUGUGCAUGUAGGUUUGCAUCCUUCCCACAAAUCUUGCAGAUUGUGUAAGUUGUAAUAGUAUGGAUGAUGUUAUCUUCAAUGAAUUUUCUCGCAUCUUUCAGACAUCAAGAUCUCUUUACUGCCCAGUAUGCUUUCAGCGUUGUACAAAAUCCAACACAAGCAGUGCAUCAUGUGGCCAUUCAUUUUGUGAUGACUGUUGGAUGUUAUAUUGUGUUACCCAGUUACAGAUUGGUUUAUCUUCUGGUAAGUACUGUUGGGUAACUCAUGUACUGGUGUGAUAACCCUUUACACUCUAGUAUCAGUAUGCAUACUCUUCCUACUGCUCUUUAUAUAUUUCCUUGGGCACUAACAAGGAGAAUUUGUUUAUCAAUCAAGAGGAUGUAUACACUAGUUGGUGAUCAUUUCGUCUAUUCUCAUGACCUCGAUGUGUGAUGCAAGAGUUUUACUUUAGGGAGAAGUUAUUUGAUAGUCACUCUCAGGGGUUGAAGGGUUAAUAAAUUCACACCCAAGAUCAAUAUAUAAAUUCUCUGAUCUGUUUACAAUAAGUUUCUAGUAUGUUAGUUCUGAGAAUUUGGUACUGAAUCACACAAUGAUCCUCAGUUGAUAUUUUUCUUUCUUGUCAAAAUCUAUGUGCUUGAAUUGUAUUUAAUAUAUGGUAAGGAGAAAAGUCUUUUUGGUCACUCUUGUAAGUGAAAGGGGUAAGAAGGUAUAUGUACUAAAUCUUCUUUUUUCUGGGGUUGAAAAAAAUAAUGUUUACUUAGUGUGCAAAACAAUUGUCUGCAUACUGCAUAUAGACAAUGAUGCUGAGGAAAAAUUACUCUCUUGUAAAUUGUUCCUUUCCUCCUGCACCAGAAAAAAUUAUUUGGUCCAGUUGUAGCACCCUUCUGUGAACAAUGAAAGUAUCCAUGGUGAUGAUUUAACAUACUGUUGGUGUUACAUUCUUAAAACUGAUACAGAAACUGAAAACUGCUGUUUAAAAAAAAGCUCCUAACCUCUGUUUGAAUUACUGUGCACCUAUGUGAUAAACAAUUAGGAAUUUAAUACAGUUAUUAUUGAUUUUUUUGCAGGCAUUGAAUGUAUGAACUGUAAUCUCUUAGUUGGAGAGGAAAUGGCUCUUAAAAUACUAAAAAAUGUGGCUGCUAGAGAAAAAUAUAGACAGUUUCUUUUUAAUGAUGAAGUUAAGGUAACUAUGACUUGGGGGGUGAGUUUCUAGAGAAACUGUGGUGUUGCGUAAAUGGGAAAGUAUAAUAGGGUAAUUUGGUAUUAUCAGCUGGGUUGAUAAUGUAAAUUGGCCACCAUUAAGAGUUUACAAGCUUAUGUUUGGAGCGUUGGCUCUUGAUCAGAGUGAAUAAGGAUGGGUCAACACUUGUUUUCUUCAGUUUUGAAGCAACUGAACUCAAAUUUGGCAAUAGCACUUUGUAUUGAAAAGGGCAAGGGAAAAGUGGAUAUUUAAUGGUCUGUGUUCAUAAUGGAUGGCUGAUCAAGAAAUCCAGGUGGGAGCUUUGGUGGGUUAUUGUAUUGUGGUCAUCAGAAGGACUCUGAGUCUGGAGGUCUAGGUUCAAGACCUGGCCAGGACAAUUUGUUGGGAAAAUUACUUUAUUCUAACAAUGUGUCAUCCCACCCUUGGAUAUAUAUGGAUGCCUACGAAUUUUCAGGGAACCUAACUGAAUGCUGGGGGGUAACCUUGCGUAACGAGCAUCCCAUCCAUGGCACUACAAGUUGCUUCAUGCUAAGGAAGCCAGGAGAAGCAGGGGCUGAGUGGGCCACUUGGCUUCAUGAGUACAGACUGCCGUCAGAAGAACAUUUUGCUGUCACAUUGCCUCUCCACCCAGGAGUGUGAGUUGGUGAGGUGGGGGGGGGGGAGGGAGGGGGGGACCUGCAAUGGACAGUUAUCCCAUCUAGGGAAGUAAGCAUGCACAUACAUACAUUGUAAUCACCUCACGCCUGGUAAAACAUUGUCAUCUCCACCCUACUUCUGUUAAACUAUUUAAGUUGUAUUAAUAAAAUAAUUUUUUUGGUCCAAGCUUGACUUUGUUUUCUAAUCUAAAAAUAAAUUUUUGCUUUUUUCUUUUUUUAGUGUCAUCCUUUAAUAAGAUGGUGUCCUGGCAAUGAUUGUGGUUUCCUGGUGAAGGUGUUGGAGCCUAAAGCAAAAAGAAUAUGGUGUUCAAAUUGCAGUUCAAUAUUUUGGUGAGUCAGAUUUUCCCCAUUCUUUUAUAACUAUAACAACAUUAACCCAGUACACCCUAACAUCACCAUACAUAUUCUUUACAAUGUUUUCUACACCUUUCUUAACUUGCCAACAAAGAGAAAUUGUUUAAAAAUCAGGAGCUUCUUUAGUUGGUGAUCAUAUCCUUUAUUCUCAUUACCUUAAUAUGUGUAUCAAGGGUGAUAUUGUAAGGAGAAAUUAGAUCCUAGUUACUCAUAGGUGUUGAGGAGCUAAAGGGAAAGUCAUGCACAGUAUAUGAUUGUGUUUAAGAGGUGGGGAAUGUUUAAAUUAUAAUUUGUCAAAAUUUCUGGUUGUUUUAAAAUUGGAAACUUUUUAGCUGAUGUUUGAGCAUUGAGACAGAAGAAAAUAUUGAUAAAAGGCUUUUAAAAAAGGACAUUUCUCUAAUAUUCAAUAUUCUUGCUCUUAAUCAUAGAAUUUUGAGAUUAAUUUUUUUUCCCCAAAGAUGAACAAUUUACUAAUCUUGUGAGUGUGUUUUGUUACUUAAUUUAUGAUAAUUCCACAUUCUGCUACAUAUUUAGUUAAGACACUUCUUCCAGAACUGUAUCUAUGAUGGUCUUUUGUGCCUCUACCCCUUCCAGUGUUGUAAAUUGUCAUUGUUUCAUGCCAUCUUGCAGACUAUCAUGGAGAAGGGCAGGGAGGGGAGGGGGGGGGGCAAUGGUUGUUCCAACAAAUGUGUCUGGGAGUGUAAAUUUUAAGUGAGACUGCCUGUUGAUUUGCAUUUGCAGUACCUUGUAUAGCUUUUCCCACCCAUUCAACAUUUUAAAUUAUGUCCUUUUGUAUUUUCCUUGCUUCUCUUAGUUUUAUGUGUGGUGAAAAAUACCAUGCACCAACAGAUUGCUAUACAAUUAAGAAAUGGCUUACAAAAUGUGAAGAUGAUUCAGAGACAGCUAAUUAUAUCACAGCCAAUACUAAAGAUGUAAGUAUAAUCUAGGAUACUCACUUACAGACCAUGGUGUAGCUAAGGGAGGGAGAUGUAGGUAGUCUGUGAACCCUUUAACUCCCAGAUCAAAUUUUGUAAUUCUCCUUUCUGUCAACCAUACAAUUCUUAUAAUGUUAGUUCAGAGAAUUUAGAUUGGAUCAACUAAUUAUCCCCAAAUUGAUAUUUUUCUUUAUUCUCAUCACUUAUCUGGUUGAUAUUGUUUAGAUAUUGUGAGGAGAAAUUCUGUCUUAAUCACUUGUGGGAGUUAAAGGGUUAAGGCUGCAAGCAGAUGUCCAGAAUACUGGGAAUUACUUUACUUUUGUAGUUGCCAAUUUUUUUUUCCUCUGGGAGGGGCCCCCAGCAUGGGGACUGGGCACAGCUGCCUAUAACACCAUUGGCAGCCACUCAUGGAAAACAUUAUUGAAAUCCCUACAAUAGAUCCCUUCAAUUUGCAGUGAGCUUUAAUCUUAUUAGUUAUUAUACAAGUGCAAAUAUUUUGUCAAGCCUUUCUGGACAAUAAUUACUUGUACCCUACAGUCUGUUUAUCAGAUCAUUACUCAUUAACAAAACGUUUGUAAAUCAAUUUUGCCCCCAAUCUUUGAUAGGUAAAAUUGCUUAUAUGUGAGUAUUUGGUGUUUUAACCACUGUGCUCCUUUUGCUUUUCAUACAGUGUCCAAACUGUGGAAGCUGUAUAGAAAAGAAUGGAGGCUGUAAUCAUAUGGUAAUUCUACCUUCAUUUGAUGUCUUGUUGUUUUUGCUGCACUCCCAUCGAGGCAGUUAAGGAAUUCUUAUUCAAUUACUAAUCUUUGUGUUCCUAUGUCAAUUUUCAGCAAUGUAUCAAGUGUAAACAUGGUAAGUUGUUAGUUUGUAGUCCAUAGAUGUACCUUCUGCACAACAAGGAUGAUCGUUGCUCGAACUCUGAUUAGGAGGUUGAUAAGAUAUUUAUUGCAUCUCAUCCCUGUGUCUGACAGGUUUAGGAAACGAUUUGUUGUUGCACAGCGCAGAAUUUCUGCAAAUAGACUGUACAAUAGAGCACAGCCUGCUUAAAAAACAACCACCGCGUGUUUAGUAAACUGAAAGAUUCGAUAAGUGUUUUUACUUUCAAGAUUUGACUGUUGAACCGUACCUUGUAGUGUUUUCUUAUCAAAACGUUUCAUCCUGAUUUGAAUUGUAGAUUUUUGCUGGAUGUGUUGUGGAGACUGGAGGAGUCAUGGCUCAGAGUAUUAUGAAUGCAGUCGGUAUAAAUCCAAUCCAAACAUUGUAAACGAGUCCGCAGGUAUACAGGCCAGGGAGGCGCUUAAAAAAUAUCUCUUCUAUUUUGAAAGGGUAUGUGUUAGUCUACGAAAUAAGCCUUGUGUCCAACUCGACAUCUCUAUAGCUAUCUUUUUAAAUCACUCAUAUUUACGCGUGCCCGUGAUUGACUUCCAAAUGAAGACGUGGUCAAUUUUCUGUCGAUGUUCCCGCUCUCAGACAACAAGUGGCAAUUUAACAUUGCUAUUUUGCAUGGAACGGCCAGGAGGGUACAAGCUAAAAAAAUUCACUUGCGGGGCUAUUUUUUCUUUUUAUUAUUAGUUUGCUUUCAUUACCAAGUUACUGGAAUAUCUUCGUUUAGCGUGACCAUGAGUGAAAUGUUACAGAACGCGAAGCUUUUGACGCGAGCGUAUUCAUGAAGCGGUUGUCGCGUGAAGCGCGAUAUCGCAAAUUCUUUGGUAAAGCGAAAUUCUAUAAAGUUGUCGCAAACUUUUUUAAUAUCCAUGAUACUGGGAAACUAGGCUAGUUUUAAAAGUAUUUCUUAGACUUUUGCAUACUUCUGAGAUCAAUACGCAAGGAGUCUUACAUGCUAAUCUUUUCUUUGCCAGUGGCAAAAUCACGCGGACAGUCUUAAACGCGAAGAAGAGACAAAGCGAAAAAUUAACCAGAAGAUACAAGAAAAAGUUAACAAUAACAUCGGCACUUGGAUCGACUGGCAAUAUCUUCUAGAUGCUGCGCAAUUACUAGCAAAGGUAAGUAAACAACUUGUCCAGAACAAUUUCCAGUUGAGUGUUGGAAGUACUCGGCCAUUUCAGUGUGUUGCUUCACUGCACUCUGUGAUUGGUUCGGUAAACUCGCACCAAUUAGAUUCAACAUUAAAGCCAACCGCGACUUGGUCAUUCACUUUUUUCCCGCGCAUCGGGCAGUGUUACUCCUCUUCACUCCGUGAUUGGUUGAGGAAACUUGCGCCAUCCCCUCAACCAAUCAGAUUCAUAACGAAAAUUAAGUGCAACGUGGUCAUUGGCGUUUUCCCGCGCCUCAAGCAAUUUGUUUUUUAUUUUAGUUUUAGUUCCUAUUGACUCCAUGUGAACCUCACCAACGCUCGUCGAAUUCACAGCAAACUAUGAAUUAUUAGUUGCCGUGGUGAUUGUAACUUCUCUGUUUGAUGUUCUUGUUUGCAGUGUCGUUAUACGAUGAUGUACACAUAUCCAUAUGCCUACUUUAUGGAGGAUGAGAGAAAAAGACUGGUAACUAUUCAUCUCUUACCCCGGUACAUUUUCAUUUGACUUCCAAGGAGUUUCACUCAGAAGUGAAACUCUAUAGAACUUUAAAAGUUUGACCCCUAAGAGUGACUAGCAUCUAAUUUCUUCUUACAAGAAAAUAGUCACCAACUAGAUAAGUUUUUGACUGUUGAACAAAUUCUCUUUAUCAGCACCCUACAAAGUUUACAGAGAACUGUAUGUAGAAGACGUAUACUGAUAUAAGGGUGUUAAGACUUAAGGGUGGUUUUUCCUCAAAACUUGCAUUUGUCAUAGUAAUCCAAAAUUUUCUCUUUUAUUGAUUUUCGCCUUUUAUUUAUCGACAGUUUGAGUACCAACAAGCACAACUAGAACUAGAAAUAGAAAACUUGUCUUGGAAGCUGGAGCGAGACGAACUCUAUUGUAGAGGGGUGAGUUGCUCUUGGCUUGACAGACGAUUGCAUUCGGAAAUCCAGAGUUAUGGGAUGUUGGCAGAUCGCCGCGGGAUUAUAUUUGUUUCAAAUCAAGAUUCCAGUUAUUAUAUAUUGCAUCUUUCAAAAUAUUUUUUAAGCGAGGUAAUCGAAUCUGAUUGCCCAUAAAUCAACAUUUACACGCUAUAUGCUGUCCACUAGUCACCAGUUCCCUUGCUCAACCUUUUGCCGGUAGGAGAAUACAUCCCUGGGCCCAUUUUUUGUGGGGUUUUUUUGGGUUUUUUUUCAGAUGUCGUCGGGGUUGGCAGCUCUGGUUAUCAUACUAUGUAGUUAGACCAAUUUUUCUCAACACUGACUCUGGCACAAAAACAUGAUGAUGCUUUCUUUUCUCUCUCUAGGACUUUGAAAAUCAAAUGGACAUAGCAGAAAAGAGAAGAUUGACUUUACUGAAGGACUUUCUGGUGGUGUGACAAAACGUCGGAGAUGACAGUCUCUCUUCGAACUUUGCGUGACUAGUGAGCGUGACCAGAACUCUCAUGAAAAAAUGAGCGUCACGCGAUAAAUGCGGUUGAAGGUCUUCUGGGAAGCUAAUAAUUUGGGGGGAAAAAGGAGAAAAAUUUAAGCGAGAUUGGGGAGAGAAUUUCAGUCAAGGUCUGUUUUAUAUUUCUGUACGACCGGUUCAAAUUAGGAGUUUUGAAUUUAUGGAUUAUACUAUUAGAAAAACUCCCUCGUUUGGCAAGUUUCUUUUUCCAAUAAAAUAAGACGGAAC